GGGCAGUUUUGCGCACUUGGAUGCUGCCCACCCAGAGCUUCCAGGUCGAACAUGCACUGGACACCAUAUAUAUCUCUUGGCAGCCACUCGCCGUCACGUAACGCCAUCCGUUUGUGCCACAUGAACAAGAAAUUUGGAUUUGUUCUUGAUAUCGAGGGUGCGGUGAGAAGACUCCACACAACCUUUACCCUCCCCGAAGAUCUCGACCCUGAGGAAGGGGACCGGCUGGACAUUCGUUAUGGAUGGCGCUUGAACGCCCAGCAGCAGGACGACCUGUUUGACUGGAUCGCCGCGCGCGUUCACACCGACAGUCUCUAUUCUGUGUACGAUGACCCAGCCAAACCGAACAAGAUGCGCAAUUUAUUCGAGUAUGGGCACAUGUUUGCAGAGGCGCAUGGCAAGCUCGUCGGCGGGGUGUUCGGCUGCUGGAUUGUCCGGGAAGACAACAAGUUUGGAGGCGGUGUUAUGUUCUGGAUUGACAACAACAACACCUUCCCCGAAGAUCGUUACAGAGAGGACGAAUAUAAAGAUUUGGCGGAAGCGUUGGGCGUCACAGAGGCGCCUCGGUGGUACUGCGCAAUCAGCUAG